AUGGCCUCGCUAUCGCGUUCGCUCUCAGCUAUAGGCUGCCGCGUCGAGGACCUGCACCCUGUGGCUGUGCUGCGCAUCUUCUACCUCGCUGCGUCUCUUCUUAUCCUCAUCAUUCAGGCUGUUCCUGCCCUGCGCUCGCGCUUUCUUGCUUAUGGCUCCCGCGUCACCGGCGUGAGCGGGAGGAAGGAGCCACCCGUUCAGCAGUCGGUUCUCACUCGUACCCUCGACUACGCUGCGUCGCUACAAGUGCCCCACAACUACUUCACCCAUUUCUACAUCACGUCCGUGCUCUCCUCUCUGUUAUGGGCAUGGAGACUGCACGUGUGGGAAUCAGGUAGGCAGCAACAGAUCGUCUGGGCGCUCCUGCUGCUUCAAGGCCUGCGACGCAUGCUCGAAUCGUACGCAUACACCUCGACGAGCAAGAGCCGGAUGUGGUUCGCCCACUGGAUUCUAGGUCUUCUCUUCUACCUCACGAUAAACAUGGCCAUCUGGGUUGAGACACCCAGCAAUGCGGCCGGCAACUGGGCAUUUGUGCCGGGAGUGGUCACCGCGCAGAUGCUGCAACACUCCUACCACAGCUACCUCUACCGCCUCCGCACCGAGAGCAACGGCUACCAGCUUCCCUCGCAUACCGUAUUCCCGAACCUACUCUGCCCGCACUAUACCUGCGAGGUCGUCAUCUACGCGCUAUUAUCGCUCAUAGCAGCUCCUGAGGGCAGCUGGGUCAAUUGGACACUGGUCUGCGCGACUACAUUUGUCGCUACAAACUUAGGCGUGACGGCCGUCGGAACGAAGGAGUGGUACGUGGAGAAAUUCGGUGCCGCCAAGGUAGGUCCGCGGAAGAGAAUGGUCCCUGGUAUCUGGUGA